GCUAGGUGCAUGAUGACGCAUAUGAUUUUUUGUAGCAAGUGAAUUUCUCCUGCUUUUGCGUCGUCUUCUUCAUUUCUCGAGCUGUGCUGAUCUCUCUAUUUCUGCAUUCUCAUGGCGGCUACAUCUUCAACAAGCUUCACAACAAUUCACACUCACAAACCCUCUGCUUCUGCUUUUGCUUUGAACUCUGCUUUUGGUGCCCCCUCUUCCUUGGCAAUUUCGACAUGCACCACCAACCAUUACCACCGUAGAAGGAAGCUCGUAGUCUCUGCUACUGCUGCUGAUAAUCAUAACAACAUUUCUACUAGUGUAUCUUCUUCUUCUAUAACUUUAUCAAAAAAGGUUAGGAGACAUACUAUCUCUGUGUUUGUUGGCGAUGAAAGUGGAAUGAUUAAUCGAAUUGCAGGGGUUUUUGCGAGAAGGGGAUAUAAUAUUGAGUCGCUUGCUGUUGGUCUGAACAAGGAUAAGGCCCUUUUCACCAUUGUUGUCUCUGGAACUGAAAAAGUGCUACAACAAGUUGUAGAGCAGCUUCAGAAACUUGUCAAUGUUUUAAAGGUUGAAGAUCUCUCCAGUGAGCCACAGGUAGAACGGGAGCUGAUGCUUAUAAAAGUGAAUGCAGAUCCUAAUUAUCGUGCUGAGAUCAAGUGGUUGGUUGAAAUUUUCAGAGCAAAAAUUGUGGAUAUCUCAGAGCACUCAGUCACAAUUGAGGUAACUGGAGAUCCAGGGAAGAUGGUUGCUGUUCAGAGAAACCUAAAAAAAUUUGGAAUCAGAGAAAUAGCAAGAACCGGAAAGAUUGCAUUGAGAAGGGAAAAAAUGGGUGAAUUUGCUCCCUUUUGGCGAUUCUCAGCUGCUUCAUAUCCUGAUCUUGGAGAAAUAAGGCCUGAUGAUGCUCCUUUGGGGUCUAAAUGCAGAGUAGUCAGAGGUGAAGAUGAUACGUCCGUGGGGGGUGAUGUUUAUCCAGUGGAGCCAUCUGAUGACUUCAAAGUCGCUCAAGUUCUUGAUGCUCAUUGGGGUGUUCUCAAUGAGGACGAUACUACUGGACUUCGAUCUCACACUCUAUCCAUGCUUGUAAAUGAUGCUCCUGGAGUUCUUAAUAUUGUGACUGGGGUAUUUGCUCGAAGGGGUUAUAACAUUCAGAGUUUGGCUGUUGGGCACUCAGAAACUGAGGGCAUCUCUCGAAUUACAACAGUCGUGCCUGGUACAGAUGAAUCGAUAAGCAAGUUGGUGCAGCAACUAUAUAAGUUAGUAGAACUUCAUGAGGUUCAGGAUCUUACCCACUUGCCAUUUGCUGAACGAGAAUUGAUGUUGAUAAAGAUUGCUGUAAAUGCUGCUGCUCGGCGUGAUGUUCUUGACAUUGCUAGCAUUUUUAGGGCAAGAGCUGUUGAUGUAUCAGACCACACAGUAACUCUUGAGCUUACAGGAGAUUUAGACAAGAUGGUUGCACUGCAAAGGUUGUUGGAACCCUAUGGUAUUUGUGAGGUGGCAAGAACUGGGAGAAUAGCAUUGGUGCGUGAAUCAGGUGUAGAUUCUAAACACCUCCGAGGAUAUGCUUUUCCUAUAUAAUGAAAACUUGAUGUUGCUUUUUUACCUGGCGAUGCGGAAACCCCAGUGACGGCAAAUUUGUGCCUUGCACAUGUAAAAAUACAAUAUGUAUUUCAUGGACAAGGAUAGACCAGUAGUUUGUGAAUUUUAGUGGAUGAAUUAGCAUUGCAGCUUCCCAAUUUUUGUUGUUUUUAGAACAUAGUUCCAGCUACCAAUUUUUGUCUUGCUUUUAGAACAUUACUUUUCUCUCAGUGUGCCAUGUUUAUAGGUCAACAGUUGCUUUCAAAUUGAUAUCCUUUUGAAAUUUCUUUAA